GGAAAUUACUUCGGAAAACACAUACAUUUCUCUUUCUUACCUAUUCACUUGUGACAAAAUGGCUUUCUCACACUCUAAUACUCUCGAUCCUAUGGAGCAAGCCCUCGAGUUCCUUAAUGAGAACCCGUUUGAAAAGCCUGUCACUGCUGCACGAAUAUACCAUGUCAAUAAAAAUACCCUCUACUCAAACCUCCGUCGCAUGGGAGCAAAGGACGCUCUAAAUACUCGACCACUUGAACAUGGAGGACAUAAUAGGAUACUCUCAGACGCGCAAAUCAAGGCAGUCUACAAGUAUGUAGAGGACUCAUAUCAUGCAGGAUAUGGAGCGUCAAAACAGAUGGUAUUUACAGCAAUCAAUCAUUUACGGUCUACAGAAAUACCAUCAAAGCCACCACCUUCAUGGCAGGGUUUAUGAUGGGCAUUAUUUCAACUGCAACAGUGGUAACAAGCUCUGAUGGACGUACGAAGGCAAAGAAAGUACAGCCUGGCAAUCGUGAAUGGGCUACAGUAAUACAGGGUAUUAAUUCCCAAGGCUGGGCGAUUCCACCAUUUAUUAUUGUUGCGGGCAAAAACCACCUCACGUCUUGGUAUGAAAACAGCAGAUUUCCACCAAACUGGGUAAUUGCUGUUACAGAUAAUGGUUGGACAACAAAUGAGAAAGGCAUGGAUUGGAUCCGACAUUUCGAGAAGCAUACAAAACCUCGAACUGUAGGUGGUUAUUGUUUGUUCAUCGUUGAUGGUCAUGAAAGCCAUCACUCAGACGAAUUUGAGGAAUACUGCAAGGAAAACAAUAUUAUCACUCUAUGUAUGCUGGCUCAUUCUUCUCAUAUCCUCCAACCACUCGAUGUUGGGUGUUUUGGCCCACUGAAAAGGGCUUAUGGGCAGCAAAUCGAAAACAUGAUGCAGGCUCACAUCACACAUAUUACGAAGGAUGACUUCUUUCCCACAUUUCACGCUGCUUUCUUUAUUGCAAUGACUGAAAACAACAUCCGAGGAGGCUUCCGAGGCACUGGGCUUUUCCCAUUUGAUCCUGAUAGUGUGGUUUCUAUGCUUGAUCUCAGAUUUAGAACCCCGACACCACAAAACUCCCGCCCUAGCACCGCUCAACCUUGGGUUUCCCAGACACCAAAUAACCAAAAUGAAGCCUUAUCACAGACAGCUUUCAUUAAAAAUCGAAUUGCACAUCAUCAAAAUAGCUCACCAACCUCUAUUUACAAUGCUGUUGACCAAUUUGCAAAGGGAGCAUCACAUAUGAUGUAUCAAUUAGCAUUGUUAAAAGCAGAGAAUGAAAUGCUUCAGCAAGGGAUGGAACAACUUAGCAAACGCAGAAGGGCUAAAAAAACACGCCUACAGCAAGGAGGAUCACUUACACAACACGAAGCACAAGAGUUACAAGAUGAGAGGGACCUUGCACAACAAGUAAAGCAAGAAACACAGGCAGGGAGUGGUCGGAAGCCAAGGAAAGAAACACGCGCAAGGCGCUGUGGCAACUGUGGUGGCACAAAACACAAUGCACGCACCUGUCAGAUGGUAAUAGAGGUAUCUGAGGAUGAGUAUUCUACAUAGCUUUAAUUGAUUUAUAGCGUUGUAGUGGAAUUAUCAUAGUAUUUGUUAAGUGAGC